GUGUGUCUGUCUCUGACGUCAGCGCGUACUCAGAGCGUCGCGUCGUAUCGUGGUCGUGCCUGCCCUUCACAUCCGUCCACAUCCUACGAGGCUCUGCUCCCAAACGCUGCUCAACGAUGGCCCUGCUCAAGUCACACAAGGUGAUCUACUGCCUGGGGAACAUCUCCCCGUCCCUGGGAGUCCUGUCCACCCGGAACAGCUCAUGGUGGGGUGGAGUGCAGAUGGGUCCCCCCGAUCCCAUCCUGGGGGUGACCGAGGCCUUCAAGAGGGACACCAACCCCAAGAAGAUGAACCUGGGAGUCGGAGCCUACAGGGAUGACCAGGGCAAGCCCUUUGUGCUCAGCUGCGUCCGCAAGGCAGAGGCUAUUAUCACAACCAAACAGAUGGAUAAGGAGUACCUUGGCAUCGGUGGUUUGGGGGAGUUUUCCAAGUCCUGCGCCCAACUCGCUCUCGGUAAUGAUAGUGAAGUCUUGAAGAGCGGCAGGAACAUCACUGUCCAGACCAUCUCAGGAACCGGAUCUCUGCGCAUCGGAGCCAACUUUUUGGCUCGAUUCCAUGCAGGUCCACUUGACGUGUACCUGCCCAAGCCGUCCUGGGGAAACCACACCCCCAUCUUCAGAGACGCUGGUAUGCAGCUCAAAGCAUACAGAUACUAUGACCCGUCCACCUGCGGCUUUGACUUCAAAGGAGCUCUCGAUGACAUCUCUAAAAUCCCUGAGCGGAGUGUGAUCAUGUUGCAUGCUUGCGCCCACAACCCCACUGGUGUGGACCCCAAGCCUGAGCAGUGGAAGGAGAUUUCUGACAUUGUGAAGAAAAGAAACCUGCUGGUGUUUUUCGACAUGGCCUAUCAGGGCUUUGCAAGUGGAGACAUCGAUCGUGAUGCAUGGGCUGUUCGUUACUUCAUCGAGCAGGGCCACAACAUCGUGCUGUCCCAGUCCUUCGCCAAGAACAUGGGCCUCUAUGGUGAGCGUGUGGGUGGCUUCACUGUGGUGUGUAACGACGCAGAGGAGGCAAAGAAGGUGGAGUCUCAACUUAAGAUCCUCAUCAGGCCCAUUUACUCCAACCCACCAAUGAAUGGCGCUAGAAUUGCAGCAACCAUUCUCAAUACACCAGAUCUGCGCUCACUGUGGCUGGAGGAGGUUCAUGGUAUGGCUAACCGCAUCAUCAAGAUGAGAGAGCAGCUGGUGGCUGGUCUGAAAAAGGAGGGCUCCUCCCAAAACUGGCAGCACGUCAUCGACCAGAUCGGGAUGUUCUGCUUCACAGGCCUCAAACCCGACCAGGUUGAGCGCCUGACAAAGGAGUUUUCUGUGUACAUGACCAAGGAUGGCAGGAUUUCAAUGGCAGGCGUGACCUCUGGGAAUGUGGGCUACCUGGCACAGGGCAUCCAUGCGGUCACCAAGUAGAGUGGAUCCUGUCGGGAGAGCUACAUAAUCAAAGCAGCAGUGUUAAUGAGGAGCAUUGCACGUCACUUAUUCUCUGUCUCCUUCAUUCCACAGUUUAGAAAUGAGCUCAAUGUUUAGUUAGACUUUUUCUCAAUUGGAUUUCAUCAUGAGUUCAACUUGCUGCUGAAAAAAUUAUUACAUUUCUGGUUAACUUAGUUUUUUAACAUUUCACUGAACAGACACCCCAAAUUGUAAAAGACAUAUUUUGGCCCACUACUAACAGAUAAUUUAUGCUUAUUUAUUAUGUGGAAUCAACUGUUGGCUGUGCAUUAGCGUCCUCCUUAAUGUGUGCUGUUCCUCUGCACUGGGCCCACUCACUAUAAAACAUCAAGAAACCAACAUCGCGGUAAUGUUAAACUGUGCAUUCAUUUCAUGCACAACUUUAGAUUUCGGUUGCUCUUUGAAAGCCUGUUGAGAAUGUGACUUCCUUUUUUUCUUAAAAUAUAUUGGUGGAGUCGUAGCACUUUAUAAGUUGAAAGGCACUGUUUUAAAGAUGAGACGGGCAUUCUGUUUUUAUUUGUCAAUCAAGUAAUCCAUUCACUAUCAGGCUAAUCUGCAGUUCUCCAUCUGAACUAAUCAAUCAUCCAGUAAUUUCCUCCUUAUCUUUGUCUGGAAUUUUCCUAGCGUUCUGUCUUGUAUUCACAACUUUUUCAGUGGGAUUUUGAAACAUCUUUGAGUUUCAAUCUAGUUGGUUGCAGGGCAGAAGUCCCUUUUUAUUUCCUAAAAAUAAACAAGCACACAAGCCAAACACUGUUAAACUUAAGCGAUCAGUACUUAAUUUCACAAUGGAGAUUUUUUUCCCCCCAUAUUCCACCAAAGCCCCAAAACUCAAAGCCCAGUUAUUUGAAUCAUACAGUCUUUCUGUGGUUAGUAAAAAUGAGUAGCGUAUGUGAUUCUGGUGAACUCCGGACAGUUCAUGAAGACAUAUGCUUCUGCUGCUCAUUCACAGACAUCACGUGUAUGUGUACAGUAUAUGAAUCUGUUCAUCAUCAGGAAAUGUGGGGUUUGCCCCCCAGCCUUCUCAUACUUCUGAAACCUCUGGCACUACGCCUCCAUGUUUUACAUUCUGUCAUAAUAAAAGGAUCAUUGGACAUGCAUCUUAUUGAACAAACAAUAAAAGAAUAUAGAAGAAUGA